AUGGAGAGUGUCAGAAGUCUUUCAACUGGAGGAGAAUCACCAAAUCACUCAGAGACUGAAGAAAAGGUCUCAAGAAAAAUAACUCGAAGAACAAAAGCCAAAAAGUUUUUCACACGCCGUCACUGUGACAAGAGUUUUGAAGUAAAGAAACGCCUUAAUAGUCAUAAAAGAAUUCACCCUGUAGAAACGCUUUUCACUUGCCCGCAGUGUGGAAAGACUUUCGCACAUAGAAGCAAACUCGAGGUUCACUUAAGAGUUCACACAGGAGAGAAACCGUACACCUGUCCUCAGUGUGGAAAGAGUUUCAUACUUAGUAACAGACUUAAGAGACACCUAAGAGUUCAUGAGAACCUGCACUCAUGCCGUCAUUGUGAAAAGACUUUCGAAGUAAAGGAACACCUUAAUAGUCACAUACAAAUUCACCAUGGAGAGACACUGUUCACUUGCCCAGAGUGUGGAAAGAGUUUCACACAUAGAAGCAAACUUGAGGCUCACUUAAGAGUUCACACUGGAGAGAAACCGCACACCUGUCCUCAGUGUGGAAAGAGAUUCAAACAGAAAGGACACCUUCGCAAACACAUGAGAAUUCACACUGGAGAGAAACCGUAUACAUGCACUCAGUGUGGAAAGAGUUUCACCGGCGCAUCAACUCUCACUCAUCAUCUGCGUAUUCACUCUGGAGAAAGACCAUUCAAGUGUGAUCAGUGUGGCAAAGAUUUUAUUUCGUCACCACAUCUAAAAUCACACCUGAAAGUUCAUUCAGACGAGAAGCCUUAUGUGUGUUCUCUCUGUGGAAAGAGUUUUUCACGGCUGGACGGUUUUAAACUGCACCAGAAAACACACACCGGCGAGAAAGAUCAUGUGUGUUUGGACUGUGGAAGGAGCUUCACUACAUCUUUCCAGCUGAAAUUGCACCAAAGAAAUCAUACUGGAGAGAAACCUCAGUGCACUGAGUGUGGGAGGAGAUUCAGCCACCCAAGCAGUCUAACGGUUCAUAUUAAAAAGCAUUGUCGAAAGUUGAAAUAUUGCUUAAAGAUGGAGUUUAUUAAAGAGGAGAUUAAAGACAUGAGUGAUCCAGAACCAUCCAGAAUAAAACAUGAAGAUACCGAGGAACAAACAGAUUGGAUGGAAGUGAAACAGCAAAGACAUGAACUGAAUGAAGUGGAAGAAGAAAGUCACAACUUUAAAACUCUAACAAAAGCCAAAAAGACGCACACCUGCACUCAAUGUGGAAAGAGUUUCACUCGAAAAGGAGACCUUAACAAACACAUGAGAAUUCACACUGGAGAGAAACCGUAUACAUGCCCUCAGUGUGAGAAGAGUUUCAAUCGUACAACAGCUCUCAGUAAACAUCUUCUCUGUCACUCUGGAGAGAAACCAUUUAACUGUGAUCAGUGUGGGAAAAAGUUCAUUUCAUCAUCAGAUCUAAAACGACAUCAGAGAGUUCAUUCCAACGAGAAGCCUUAUGUGUGUUCACUCUGUGGAAAGAGUUUCUCACGGCUGGAUCAUUGUAAAACCCACCAGAAAACACACAAUGAAGUGAGAGAUCAUGUGUGUUGUGACUGUGGGAAGAGCUUCACUAGAGCUGACCAACUGAGACAGCACCAAAAAACUCACACUGGAGAAAGACCUUACAAGUGCUCAUCCUGCGACCAGAGUUUUUCUCAUUCUGGAAACCUGAAAGAACACGAGCGAGUUCAUAUUGGAGAUAUGCCGUACCAGUGCACUCAGUGUGAGAAGAGUUUCAAACAUAAAAAAAGCAUUCUCUAUCAUAGAAAAUGUUGUAAGAUGAUGUUACAGUCGUCUUUUAAAGACAUGAGUGAUCCAGAACCAUCCAGAAUAAAACAUGAAGAUACUGAGGAACAAACAGUUUGGUGUCCAUUCUUGAUUCUUUACUAAACUUUAAGUUGCCUUGAGAAAGUUUAAAGUAGUUUGAAGUUUAAAUAAGCACUGAUGAACACCUUUGAUUUUAAUGGG